AUGAUAAAAUAAACUUAAUAUUUUAAUAGCCUAGAAUAAUUUUUAAGUUCGUUAUUAUCAUCUCACACCAACCUUGAUAUAAUACUAUAAAAUUAAUAGCUAUCUGAAAAAAAAAUAUCAGAUUUAAGCUCAGCAUUCGCAAAGUGUAGUCAACUCUCAAAUUUGAUAAUUGAUGUCUAAUUUAAUGAAAUUGAUGGAUUUCUUGCAUCUUGUUUAGGUUCUGCAUUAACAAGUAUUAAGAGCCUGUAAUAUUUAAGUCUGGACAUUUGUGCCAAUAACCUUGGUGAAGAGGGUGCUUUAGCUCUAGGUUCUUCUUUAGCAAGAUGUUAAUCUCUCUAAAAAUUAAUAAUUAACCUUUCUAAUAAUAAAUUGUGUGAAAAAGGUGCACAAGCCUUUGUUUUUGCAUUAGCAAAAUGCAAAAGUCUUCUUCAUUUAGAAAUUUUCUUUAGAUAUAAUUAAAUGGGAGCAAAGGGAGCAUCUAAUUUUAAGAAUGCUAUAGAAUAGCUCACUAAUAUCUAAACUUUAAACCUAAACCUCUUUGGGAAUCAAAUUGGAGAAUAGGGUGUUAUAGAUAUGUGCUCUGGAUUGCAAAAUUUAGCUAAUCUCUCAAAAUUAGAAAUAUACCUAUAACAAGAGUUGAUUGGUGAUAAAGGUGCUUAAGGUAUGGGUUUAGCAUUAUCAAAAUGCGCUAAUCUCUAAAGUUUGAAACUCUAUCUAUAUGGCAAUUAAAUUACUGAUUUUGGAGCAUAAAAUUUAAUUUCUUGUUUAGCAAAAAGCAGCAGUAUCUAUAGUUUAUCACUUGACUUAUCAAAAAACGAAAUUAGUAAUGAUGAAAUAACAAAUUUUAUAGCAGCUUUGAAAAAUUUAAUUAAUCUCUAAUGUUUUGAACUCAAUUUAUGGAAAAAUUAUAUUAAUUAAAAGUCAGAAUCAAAAUUAAGAAGUAAUAUGCUCAAAAUUAACAGAUUAGUUUUUUAAAAUAUCUCUUUUUGA